ACAACGUAAGAACGAAAUACUAUCAUAAUCACCUUGACAGUUUCUGAGAUACACUCGCGCAUUUUCAUCUCCAGGAAUGAUAUAAUUCUACUUAAUAAAACAAUUAAUGCAUCUGUUCGUAACAUAGAAAAAUACGUUGAAAAGUUGAUGUCAGAACAAUAAGCAUAAACAUUUUAUCUUGUGCGUAAAAAGUGCGAAGUAUUAAAGUAGUUGACUUAAGGUGUCAGUGACUUUUUGUGUGGACUUAUUAAAAUAAUAUUCAUGUUAGAUACAACCUUGCGGGAUACUAUGAGUGACACCGACGAUAGUCAUGGUGAUCCAUGCAGCCCGACGGCUCUUUCGCCGGACUUGAAGAAAGUUGACGUUGACGGCGACGCACUGCCGGAGAAAAUUCAGGAGGCAGUUUCUCACGUCUUGAAAGGAUAUGACUGGUCCCUUAUCCCUAUGCCACAGAGAGGACCGGGUGGUGAGAAGAGAAAGCCUCACAUUAAGAGACCAAUGAAUGCUUUCAUGGUUUGGGCUCAGGCAGCCAGACGGAAGUUAGCGGACCAGUAUCCACAUUUGCACAAUGCUGAACUGAGCAAAACUUUGGGAAAACUUUGGAGGUUACUGAACGAGGAAGAAAAGAGGCCGUUUGUGGACGAGGCAGAGAGACUUCGGGUCCAGCACAAGAAGGACCAUCCCGACUACAAGUACCAGCCACGCCGUCGCAAACCUCUAAAGAACCCCAAUCAGGACAACAACAACCCGAAUCCACUUCCUAAAGGCGUAAUGUUUAAAGGUUUGCCAGAUGGAUCACCUUCCAAUAUGAGUGACGAUAGUAGUGAUUGUUCGAGCCCUCACAACCCACACGGGCCUCCUACACCACCAGCCACACCAAACCACCAAGAACUCAUGAACCUACAAAAGUGCAUGAACGACCGUCUUCGGGCCAGACACAUGCCAGGUCACCCACAAGCCCAGCCAAUAGAUUUCAGUCGAGUGAAUUUACAAGAUCUAGGAGUGCCAGAGGUCAUGCCCCUCGACACAUUCGACGAUCAUGAACUUGAUCAAUAUCUACCCAAUGGUCUCCCAAAUACAGGUCACAUGACCAGCCACAACCAAUCGGAGCAAUACUCAUCAUGCUACCAAGGCAAUGCUACGACAUCAGCAGCAUCAUGGUCCGGUUGUUUCAGACCAUCAACCGGUUCUUGCAUGCAGGCUUACAGUGCUCUAACCAACUCUACGAAUACAAGUAACGUAAACAACACGAACAAUAACAUUCCAUCACCAUACGAUUUAUCUGGCGCAAACUCACCUAACAAUCAAGCAAACUCCCCAAAUGCCAUCCAAAACUCACAGCAGACGUCAUCACCUACCGGAAGUAUGCAUAGUCCUGGUUUCCAAGGAUCCAGUACAAACGCUAGCUGUAAAGUGAGAGACGAUUCGGAGUCUGGAAUAAAGAUUGAACCAGCAAAUCACCCACGUGGUCCUGCCCCGAGAUACCCGUGUGAUAAUAAAUUUGACUACAGUAACUCGUCCGUGUCUCGUUUCGAAGGAAGUGCUCACCAAAACAUGACGUACACUCCGGGCAAUACGCAUGCGCAAUAUAUGCACUCAUUGAACUAUUCACAUAUGGGCAUGUCUCGGCAAAUGUUCAACCCAAUUGCUGCCGCCGUUCCCGGGGAACAACAGUGGGAAAGAUAUACUUGAAAAAACUGUCGUGAGUUCGAUUCCCGAUGGAGAAAAAGUUAAACUAGCACAACUGGCGGGGAGACCACAAAUCUCUGAUUUAUACCGGGAACUUUGUCGAGAGCCAACGCAGAAAAGUGCUACAUAGAAAACAUGUAUAAUAGUUUUACUCCCCAUUGUGUCGAGAGAAAAAAUAACAUAAUGUAGCUUAGAAACAGUGCUUUAUGUGAGAGAAUAUGUGUCCUGAACAUUCUUCCAGGUUACAUAGAACCUGUCAUUGUGUAAUGUUUUAUGAAUUUAUGUUAAAUUAUUUAUUUUCGCAUUUAUUCAUUCAUUUUGACAUUGUUAUUUCAUUUAUCAUGUAUAACUUAAGUUUUGCUUUCGCUAUGUUUGUAAAUUGUUUUAUUUUAAUUCAACUUUUGACAGAAUUUAUUUUAGUCCCGAAUUGUAGGUGAACGUUUUUAAAUUAUGCUUUUAUAUCAAGACAGUGCAUAAGAAAUGUAUUAUUUAAUAAAUUUGUAUGUGCCUUAAACUAUUCUAAAAUAUUUCGUUUCAUUUUGCAAACGACAUUGCUAAUUGUUAUCGUUUUCAUCUUCAAAUAUAUCCAUUAGAAUUAACUGCUGUCUUUAAGUCAUAAGUUUGAAUGAUUGUAUAACUAUGAUCGUGUAUUUCAAGAAAAAUCACAAUUCGCAAAUCCAUUAUUUAUUUGACACAAAAGGUCAGAGUAUUAUUCAACAGAAAACAAGUCAUCCCGGUGCCUUGAAUAACAUUUUUGUAUUUCUUACUGUAUU